AUGUUAGAAGAGUAUCCACCAAAAAGCAUUGUUAUAGCUAAAGUUAAAGGGUAUCCAGCAUGGCCAGCUAUGGUAUUAGACCCAGACCUCUUGCCAUCACAUAUACUCAACAAACGACCCAAGAAUAAACAACAAGAGCCAACACCAAAUGUAUUACCAAUCAAGUUCUUCAGUGAUGAUACAUAUAUAUGGAUCAAAUCUAAUGAUAUCAAACCAUUGAGUAAAGAUGAUAUUGCUGCUCAUUUUGUUCAAAGUUCACAAAAGAGGAGAAAAGACACCGUGUUGGAUCAGGCAUUUAGACUUGCCAGUGAUCCAUUGGACAUGGAGGUGUUUAUCAAGUAUGGGUCGAAAGGUGCGCCAGAUGUCAUAGAAAUGGAUGAGGAUGAUGACAAUGAUGAAAAUGAUGAAGAGGAGACUGUUGUGGUCAAGACACCGGCUCGCAAAAAGCAAAAAGUAUCAACUACCUCAAAACUGACAAGCAGUAAGAGAUCAAUUGCAGAGGCAAAAAGGGAAGCAGAAAGGGAACUAUUGGCCCAGUACGAUUCUGAUUGGGGGUUACAAGAUAUUAACAAGUAUAGUAUCAAAGAAGGGAAUUACAUUUUCGACAGUCUAGCAGAACAAAAAGCUGUAUUUGACAAUAUCCCUGAUAUAAGCCAGUUUUCAGAACUUUAUGAAAAAUCAAUUGAAAAAUUCAAAAAGAUUGAAGAACAAGUGAUUGAACAGUUACUAUCAGCCACUCCCAAUACUGAUGAACUUUGCCAUUUAUUGACCCAAUUUCUGGCAUUGAUUUCGAAAUUACCCAGAUCUUCAAUAACCAAAAGCCAGCUAUUAAGAGCACUAAUCUUGGACCAAAGAAAGCACAGUUCUGACCAAGCUCAACACGAAUUCAAAGACAAAACGGCAAAAAUAUUGAAAAGAUUGGGGAUUGAAGUUAGAGAGAAUACUGAGGAUGAACUUGUAGUGAAGAGUGAAAACAGUACUGCCCAGUCUACACCUGCUAGUACAGCACAAUCUACUCCCGAAGUGACAGAGCCUGUGAGGAAGGAAGAGAUUGUGGUAAAGCAGGAAUCCGAGGCUGUCAACUCAGUUGACUCACCUUUGAAACAUGAAGUUCAAAUCAAUGGUAAUUAG